GGCUAUACAUAUCAACAUAUGACGCUAACUCUGUACAGUUCACGUCAUUUUCACGCGAGAGAGUUUCUUCUGAUGCGUGUUGUGCGUUCUAAAUCUUUUUGCGCAGCCAAGAAAUCGUUACAUCUGUCAUAAGUAAGGUGUAAGAAUACGCUUUUUUUUGCAAUAUACGUGCAGUUCUAGAUGCAAGCGUACUUCUCAUAACAACGCUGGAAACUAUUUGGCGAACAAAAUGUCGCAAUUGGAUCAUGUUUUACAAAAACAGCAGCAGCUAACGGAAAGGUCUGCUAUUAAACCAGAUCAUCAUCCACAGUUUACUAGGCAUUACGAAGAGCACAGAUUUAACAUGCCGCAGAAUUUUCACAGACCGACCAAUCCACCUUUAUACGAUAGAUUUUACCCAGCACCAAUAGUCAGUAGUAAAGUUUUUUUUAAUCCAGAUUUUCCAAGACAUCCACAAAAUUCUGUGAUACACGUAAAUCCAGCGGCAAAAGCUAAUAUUCACUUCAAUCCCUAUCGGUUAAUACAAACAAAGACAAGUCAUCAAGACUUGCGUCAAAUUCCAAAUAGUUUUAAUCCAAAUACAUACAAUCAUCGUGUAAUACCAAGAAAUGUUCCAAGCAAAGUUCAUGUUAAUCCAGCAGUUUUAAAUCAACCAAGGAUUCCAAUAGAUAAUCCAUGCAGUAAUAUACCAAUGACACAAAAUGAAACUUCAAGCAACUGGCAUUUUAAUCGAGCUGUUUUAAAUCAACAAACUAUGCCAAACAGUGUUCCAAUCCAUAUUAAUCCAAAAUUUGUUGCAAAACCAUUAGUUUCUGAGAUUCAUGGCAAAAGCAAAAAUUCACAACAGAAUGAAGUCACUUCUAAAAUACUUUCUGUACAACAUACAAUUGCUAAUAGUGGACCAAGUUGCUCUACUGGUUAUACCACUAAUUUUACAAAUAGCUCUUUUCACAGCAAUUUAACUAAUACAGUAGCUUCUGUUACGGAAAAUCCUGUUAUAUCUAGUACUCCAGUAUCUAUAAAAAAAUCUCCAAAUAGUAAUAUGUAUAAAAAAAGUCCAAAUUCAAGUUUAGUGUCUUUAUCGAAAAGAAAACUUAUAAGGGUAAAAAGAAAUACUAGACCAACUGCCUCAAUUGCAAAUCCAAUAAAUUCAUCAACACCACUGAAAAGAAGACUUUCAUCCUCUGGACUGAAGAAAACGAAAAUUUCGCCUAAAAAUAAAAAUAGGUUGAUAAAAGUAAGCAACAUGAAACUUGUAAGAACUACAGAUGUACAUUGGUAUAAAGAAGUUUACAAAAUAGUUCCAAAAUCUACGUACAAAAAGAAUGUUUUGAUCAACAAUGUUAGAAAUGAUCCAAAAAUGGCCUUGGUUGACAUUGGUGGUGUUAUGUUCAAAAAAACUCGAAAUAAAAUAGUUCGUAGUAGUCCAAAUAAUGCAGCUAUUAUUAAGAGGCAACGUGUUUCAACAUUAAACAGGAGUGGCCAAUUUGUUUCAUCUAAAGGAGGCAAAACACUUCGUAAAGUCGAUUUUGCCACUAGAAAACUCAACACUUCAACUAAAAUUGAUGUAUCAACUAUUACAUCCAUUUCUCCUGUAAAAAGUUAUAAAUCUAAUGCAAGCAACAAGGUCAAGCAAAGAAGUUUACAAAUUUUGCGCAAUAAAAUGCGCAAAAACAAUCAGCCAUGUUUACUGUUUCAGAAAUAUGGCUACUGUAACAGUCAGCUUAAAGGAACCUGUCCCAAGGUCCAUGACAAAAAACAAGUUGCUGUCUGUAAAAAUUUUCUUCAGGGAAAAUGCCUUUUGAAUAAUUGUCUAUUAUCUCACGACGUUGGACCAGAAAAAAUGCCGACUUGCAAGUUCUUCCUACAAGGAUGUUGUACACGUGAAGGAUGUCCAUACUUGCAUGUGAAAGUGCCAUCAAAAAAUCCGAUUUGUGUUGAAUUUCUACGUGGUUAUUGCCCCCAGGGUAAUGAGUGUAUGAAUCGUCACAUUAACGCGUGCCCGGAGUUUGAUAAAACUGGUGCCUGCAGCAAAGGUAAGUCUUGUCCAUAUCCUCACGAACCACACUUGACAAAAACAAAAAAGCGACGUAAAAGCGUGACAUCCGCGAAAUCGAUGGAAAAUCUACUUCCGACGUCUGAAGUUGUUAAGACUGGUACACGUUAUUAUGACAAUAUAAACACAGACCUCAACCCUGCAUGCGAUCAUGAUACAGAAGAUUUGAGCGACAAAAGGGUAAGACUAUUGAAAAAAAUUAAAAUCAUGAAGCAAGCACAUGAUUCUUGCCAAGAAAAUGAAAGUAGUACAGAUUGUAAUGUUGAUAAUCAAUCUAAAGACUCUGUAGAAUGCGAGGAGGAACAUGUAAUAGUGUGCAAUAGGAGGAAACCUAUGGGUCCAGCUGAAUCUUUUAUUCCAGUCACAUGAUAAACACCGAAUGUUGUUUAGGACUUUGUAAUUUGUUGAUAAAAUAAUUUUUAUACGAAAAUAAAAAUGUGAUAUUUUGUAGUAUUGAAUUAUUGAAAUAAUUAAGAAAGAUAAAGUUUGUUCAUAAACAGUUUUUAUUUAUAAACUGUGAUAUAGAUUUGUUAAUUUAUAAAUAAAGUUCGCCAUGUGAAAAAUCAUGAAAAAUUUUUUAUAUUCGUUCACUGGAAACAUUCUGUACUAUUUUUCAUUAGUAAAGUACUUACUUGAUGAAAAAGAAAUUUUAACAAGUGUUAAAUUCCAAGUUUCAAAAGUUCUUGUUCUUGGCUAGAGACACAAAAUAUAUCAUAUGAGGGCUAAGACAGGCUCUUACUCUGCAAAGUGACACACAAAUUCAGAUACAUAGAACACUUAUGUUAUCAUACAUGAAUUUUUAAAUAUAUAAAUAUAUUUUUGAAAUCGAUGUAUAUACAAGUUGUAUAUAAAUGAAUUUAAAUAAAUUAUCUUUGAAAUAAA